ACCAACCAAUCACUGUUGAUGAGGGGAGUGGAACCUCAACCCAGCACAUUAUUGUGAUAGAGUCUGCAGGUCCUGGGGUCAAGCAGGAGACAUCUGAAGGAGAGGAGAACCCACUGUACAGCAGAGACCGCCAAACUGGAGCAGUGGGAGCGCCUCCUGUAGCCACGGACAAACCCACCACCGCCCCAGCGCAGCCCAAGACCCAAUGCAGCAUCACGGAGAGAUGGACCCUAGCAACAUGCCCUUGGGUUUAGAGGCACAGACUGAUCUGUCUAGACGGGACUGGAACCAGUGCAGUAGAAGUGUAUACUCUGAAGGGUGCCUAUAUGAGGCAGGGGAGGGUAUGGCCAUAGAUGACGUGACUGUGAAAGUGGAGGGUGACAUUCCUCCCACAUGGAAUGCAGAUAGUCACCUAGGAGAUGGACACUCACAGGGCAGAGAUUUCUUAGAUUACAGGGAAAGCUUGGAGACCAAUCCAAAUGUCGCUGCCCACUACCCUUUACAUACGCUCAAGGAUCGCGACCCAUUAUCCACGUCGAUGGGGCCUUCCGAUUCACAUGGCAGCAUCCUUUUCAAUCAGGUAUUGAACUCAAACGACAGGACUAGGGCUCAGAGAGGGGAAGCUACAUCAGGCAAUAGUAAAGCUAAACGGUUCCCCUGCAUGUUCUGUAACAAAGGCUUCAGCUGCCCCCAGAAGGUGGAGAUCCACCAGAGGGUCCACACAGGGGAGAAACCCUACAGCUGUGCUCAGUGUCACAUGCGCUUCACCCAGGCUGGCAACCUGAAAAGACACCAGAGGGUGCACACCGGGGAGAAACCCUACAGCUGUACCCAGUGCCACAUGUGCUUCGCCCAGGCUGGUCACCUGAAGAUGCACCUGAAGGUCCACACAGGAGAGAGGCCGUUCACUUGUACGCACUGUGGGAAGAGGUUCUCAGAGAGGAGCUACCUCAGGAUACACCAGCAGAAUAAACACUCCACUCUGAUAAUAUAGAAAGUAACAAUAUCACUUGAUAGCUUCUGACAUUUAGAUCAAACCCUGGAUUUCAGCAGAAAAGCUCCACAGAUGCAUUUGGAAUGACAAGAGUAACAGAUUUCGGUGUUGAAUAUUCCUGGGUAGAGUGUUGCAUAUAGACUUUGGCAUAUUUAAGCCUACAAAUCUAUUACAUAUUGUGUUUGUACUGUGUUGGCUAUAUGAUGUUCACAAAUGCCUAUUUCAUUACUUCCAUUCAACUACUUACAUUUUUCCCCAAGACACUUAAUGAGAAAAUGAAUGCAGUUUAUCAAGUUCAUGCCUAAUUUUUGUAUAUGUUUGGUUUUCAUAUGGUGUAUUUAAGUUUUGUUUAAUAAACACAAAAUGAGACUUUUCA